AUGGCGACGGCGAUGUUCCGGGCUCCUCUCCGGUGUCGUGCCCUCCAUGCUCGGCAGAUGGCCGCAGUGGCGGAGGUGCCUAUGGUUCUUGACGGCAAGAAGGUGUCGUCGAAGACCUCCACCUUCUUCGAUGUCCACAACCCUGCGACAGGCGAGCUGAUUGCGCGGACGCCCCAAUGUACACCAGACGAGCUGCGGUCAGCGGCAGACUCAUGUGCUGAGGCGUUCAAGGAGUGGAGGCGGACGCCUCCGAGCACGCGGGCGCGCGUGAUGCACAAGCUCGAGGGUGCGAUCCGUGACAACACUGAUGCCCUCGCACAAGUUCUGACGAAGGAGCAGGGCAAGACGAUCGCUGAUGCCAAGGGCGACAUCUUCCGUGGCCUGGAGGUUGUGGAGAUGGCUUGCAACAUUCCGGCGAUGAUCCAAGGGGAGACCUUGCCGAACGUGGCCAACAGUGUCGAUGUGCACUCCUACAGGGUGCCGCUCGGCGUCUGCGCCGGCAUCGCUCCCUUUAACUUCCCAGCAAUGAUUCCGCUCUGGAUGUUCCCACCGGCAACCACCGCUGGCAACACAUUUUUGCUGAAGCCCUCCGAAAGAGUUCCUUUGUCGGCCGUGAUGCUGGCAGAGAUGGCACACGACUGCGGCUUGCCACCAGGGGUUUUAAACGUGGUCCAUGGCGGUCACGACACGGUGAACUUCUUAUGCGAUGACGAGCACAUCCGGGCAGUCUCCUUCGUGGGUGGCAACGCGGCAGGUGCCCACAUCUACGAGCGAGCCGGAAGGAACGGCAAGCGCGCCCAGUGCAACUUGGGCGCCAAGAACCAUGCCAUCGUUUUACCCGAUGCCGACCCGGAGAGUGUGGUGAACCAGCUCGUCGGCGCCUCAUGUGGUGCCGCCGGGCAGCGAUGCAUGGCCAUCAGCGUGGCAGUCUUCGUCGGGGCCUCGAAGGAAUGGAUCCCCAAGAUCGCCGAACAGGCUGCCAAGCUCCGCGUGGGCCCAGGGGACGAUGGCCAGACCGACGUGGGUCCUUUGAUCUCUUCGAAAGCCCAGGAAAGGGUGGAGGCUCUGAUCCAAUCCGGCAUGGACGAGGGUGCACGCCUACUUUUGGACGGACGGAAGCCUUCCCUUCCAGAGGUCAACAAGAGUGGUUAUUUCGUUGGACCGAGCAUCUUUGCAGAGGUGAAGAAGGGAAUGCAGAUCUACGAGAACGAGAUUUUUGGCCCAGUGCUCUGUUGUGUGGAGGUCGACUCCUUCGAAGAAGCCAUCAACUUCGUGAACUCGAACCCCUACGGCAACGGCACCGCCGUCUUCACGCGCAGCGGGGCGGCUGCCCGGAAAUUCACCGACGAGAUUGAAGCGGGACAGGUCGGCGUCAACGUCCCGAUCCCAGUUCCACUGCCGAUGUUCUCCUUCACCGGGAACAAGAAGUCGAUCCUGGGAGACCUGAACUUUUACGGGAAGGCGGGCGUCAACUUCUUCACGCAGUUGAAGACUGUGACCUCUGCCUGGCGCGACGACGGCUACAUUGAAAAGCUCAGCACAGCUGGAGUUGGUGCGCAGUAG